AUGGAAAUGAAAAAUCAGACUUUUCUUGGUGAUUUUAUCCUCUUCGGAUUCUCAGGGGAACAUGUCUUGCUGUCUUUUCUCAUGGCGGCGGUCUACACCAUGAUUCUGAUGGGGAACGUUGCUAUAUUUAGUAUUAUCCACAUUGACGCCAAUCUGCAGGCCCCCAUGUAUUUUUUCCUUAGUUACUUAUCUAUCCUAGAUAUUUGUUAUUCAACUGUUACUCUCCCUUCAAUGCUAUUUAACUCCAUCACAGGCAACAGAAGAAUUUCCUUUCACAGGUGCUUCAUACAGCUGUAUUUUUUUGUCUCGUUUGGAGGGGCAGAGUGCCUUCUGCUUGCAGCCAUGGCGUACGACAGAUAUGUGGCCAUAUGCAACCCCCUGCAUUAUCCCAUCAUUAUGAACAGGAAGCUCUGCUUUCACCUAGUUGCUGGGUCAUGGGUUUGUGGCUUUUUGAAUUCUGUUCUUCACACUGUGAUGACUUCACAACUGUAUUUCUGUGAAAUUAGGUAUGUCAGCCAUUUUUUCUGUGAUGUACUUCCACUGCUAAAGGCAUCUUGCACUGAUACACACACAAGCAAAAUGUUAUUAUAUGUUGUCAAUGUUUUUCUAGGAAUGACUCCCUUUGUAUUUGUUAUUAUCUCUUACAUACAUAUUAUUUCCAAUAUUAUAAAAAUUCGCUCUGCUGCAGGAAGGAGGAAGGCUUUUUCCACAUGCUCCUCCCACCUCAUCGUUGUUACUGUGUUUUAUGUGUCAGGUAAUUAUAAUUAUAUUGGCCCUACACCAGGAGACUCCUUUGACACUGAGCGACUGGCCUCUUUAUUAUAUAGCAUUCUAACGCCUUUACUCAAUCCCUUUAUAUACUGCCUUAGAAAUAAGGAGGUAAAGAGAGCUUUGUAUAAAAAAUUGUUACCUAAUCAAUUUUCAAUAAAAAUCUGA